AGUGGUGGUAUAAAGGCAAAGACGAGUAACAUUAAUACGCAGUUGCGCUUUAGUAACCAAUACGAAAAUGAAUGUAUCGAUCGCAUUUUUAAUCUGCUGUAUCGCAGGCAAUACAUUAGGCUAUUAUGUGCAGAGGGAGACACCCUAUAACACUGGACCAAAUGAUCCGUACAGCGUAGAAGUUAGUCCGAAUCUUUUAUUAGAACCAUCUCAACGUAUAUUCUGGGGAGAUGGAGGAAGUAACCAAGUGGGGGGAAACGAUUGGUGGAGUAAAAUAACUAAUAAAUUUCCAUUUUUACGUAAUAUGUUUGGAAGAAUUCAAGCGGAAUAUGGUGUGCCAAAUCCUGCACCUGUCUACGGCCCACCGACUAGAUUCGUUCCACAGUUUUACACUCAGAAUAUUCCGCAAUUUGUUCCUUUCGCUCGAGAUAUUGGAUUUACUGAUGACGCAGUCAUUAUAACACCACCAAAUGUUCCCAUCGCACCUCAGCCCUUGCCACAGCCGGUGCCACAGCCUGCACCUCAACCUGGAUACCAAUAUAGGAAACCACUAAAUCGCUUGGAAUUGCCUAACCAUUGAUUAAAGUAACUGCAUCAUCAUUACGGGUAAUUUAAAGUUAUUUUCAGUUUUAUUUUGUGUUCGAACGAUGAAGCAGUUGUAAGCAGUAUGCAAACACUACUUAAAGCUUAAAACAUAAGGAAUUGUAAAGGAUUUCAUUAUUUAUUUCAAUGAAUUUGUAUGAAUAAAAUACUUUAUAUA